AUGUUGUGUUCCAGAUCUAGAAGUGUGGUUAUACUUGGGUGUAUUCUCUCUUUAUUUCUUCUGGUCGUCACUGCAACAUCCAUUGCUGAAGAAGAGGGUGUAGAAGAAUGGAUGACAAGUGUGAAAGAAAGGUUUAUGGCAGAGGAAGAUAAAUUAAACUCAUCUCUGAUUUUGGCUGCAAAGAGAACCAAAAGAAAAGAUCCUCAUGAGAAUUUCAAGCUUUAUACUGGUGGAUGGAACAUAAGCAAUACCGAUUAUUGGACUUCUGUUGCUUAUACAGCAGUGCCUUUCUUUGUGAUAGCAUUAGUCUGGUUUGUGUUCUUCGGGCUAUGCUUGUCUCUUAUUUGCCUCUGCUAUUGCUGCUGUGCGCGUCAACCUUACGGCUACUCCAAGAUUGCUUAUGCUCUCUCCCUGAUCCUCCUCAUAUCGUUCACAAUCGCAGCAAUUGUGGGAUGUGUUUUUCUAUACACGGGUCAAGGGAAGUUUCAUGCUAGCACGUCAGAUACUUUGGACUAUGUGGUGAGUAAAGCAAACUUCACGUCAGAGAACCUCAGGAAUGUGUCAGAUUAUCUCAAUGCAGCUAAGAAGGUGGAUGUACAAUCCAUUGUUCUUCCGGGGGAUGUUUUAUCGAGCAUCGACAAUAUACAGGGAAAGAUUAACUCCUCUGCAACUACUCUUUCUGUCAAAACAAUGGAGAAUCAAGACAAGAUUCAAGAUGUCUUGGACAACAUGAGACUUGCGCUCAUCAUCAUCGCUGCUGUAAUGCUUUUCCUUGCAUUUAUUGGAUUCUUACUCUCUAUCUUUGGACUGCAGUGUCUUGUAUACACAUUGGUGAUCCUUGGUUGGAUUCUUGUGACUGGUACUUUUGUCUUGUGUGGUGUAUUUCUGCUUCUACACAAUGUUGUUGGGGAUACCUGUGUGGCCAUGGACCAAUGGGUCCAAAACCCAAAAGCUCACACGGCACUAGACGAUAUUCUACCAUGUGUUGAUAAUGCAACCGCAAGAGAAACCUUAACUCGGACAAAGCUUGUGACAUACCAGUUAGUCAACAUUGUCGACGAUGCCAUUAACAACAUGACCAACAGGAACUUCCCUUCUCAAUUCCGGCCGUUUUAUUAUAAUCAGUCGGGUCCUUUAAUGCCCGUGCUCUGUAACCCCUUCAACGCUGAUCUCUCUGACCACCAGUGCCAGCCCGGUGAGGUCCAUCUCAGCGAUGCAACAGAGGUGUGGAAGAACUACACUUGCAAAAUUAUAACCCCAGGGACAUGCAGCACACAGGGACGUCUGACCCCAAAACUUUACACCCAAAUGGCUGCAGCAGUUAAUGUAAGCUAUGGUCUGUACAAGUACGGUCCAUUCUUGGCAGACCUGCAAGGGUGUGACUUCGUGAGGUCCACAUUCACUGAUAUUGAAAGGGAUCAUUGCCCGGGACUGAAGAGAUACACGCGGUGGAUCUAUGUGGGCCUUGUGUUGGUGUCUACUGCUGUAAUGCUGUCUUUGGUGUUUUGGGUUAUAUACGCCCGGGAGAGAAGGCACCGGGUUUACACAAAAGACUACAAUGCUAUGCACUCUGAAGCUCUACGAGACAAGGGCCCCUGA